AAACCAUUAUAAACUUUGCCUGUAGGAGGGCUGAUCCCUUAAUGAAAUACAGAACAGCCAUCUUAGCAGAGCGAAAAUGGGCAAUCGUCACAGCCAGUCUUACUCCCUCUCAGAAGGCAGUCAGCAGUUGCCCAAGAGGGACACCCCACCCUCAGCAGUCCUGCAGCCUCUCAGCCACCCAUCAGGGAACGGAGAGCCAGAGGUCUCACAGCCUGCCAAAGCAAGAAGUCAUCAGGGUUUUGAUGUGGAUCGAGACACCAAAAAGCUGAACAAAGCCUGCAAAGGAAUGGGAACUGAUGAAGCAACCAUCAUUGAAAUCCUAUCAAGCAGGACAUCCGAUGAGAGGCAACAAAUAAAGCAAAAGUACAAGGCGACAUAUGGCAAGGCCCUGGAGGAGGUGUUGAAGAGUGAGCUUAGUGGAAACUUUGAGAAGACAGCCUUGGCCCUUCUGGACCGCCCCAGCGAGUACGCCGCCCGGCAGCUGCAGAAAGCUAUGAAGGGUCUGGGCACGGAUGAGUCUGUGCUCAUUGAGGUCCUGUGCACAAGAACCAACAAGGAAAUCAUCGCCAUUAAGGAGGCCUACCAAAGACUAUUUGAAAGGAGCCUUGAAUCAGAUGUUAAAGAUGACACAAAUGGAAACCUUAAAAAAAUUCUGGUGUCUCUGCUACAGGCUAAUCGUGAUGAAGGAGAUAACGUGGACAAAGACCUCGCUGGUCAGGAUGCCAAAGAUCUGUAUGAUGCAGGGGAAGGCCGCUGGGGCACUGAUGAGCUUGCCUUCAAUGAAGUCCUGGCCAAGAGGAGCUACAAGCAGCUACGAGCCACCUUUCAAGCCUAUCAGAUUCUCAUCGGCAAAGACAUGGAAGAAGCCAUUGAAGAAGAGACUUCAGGAGAUUUGCAGAAGGCCUAUUUAACUCUUGUGAGAUGUGCCCGGGACUGCGAGGGCUAUUUUGCUGAACGUCUGUACAAGUCCAUGAAGGGUGCGGGGACAGAUGAGGAGACAUUGAUUCGCAUCCUUGUGACCAGGGCCGAGGUGGACCUUCCAGGGAUCAAAGCAAAGUUCCAAGAAAAGUAUCAGAAGUCUCUCUCUGACAUGGUUUGCUCAGAUACCUCUGGGGACUUCCAGAAACUGCUAGUGGCCGUGUUGCACUGAGCCAAGCCAGAGCAUUAGAAACACAGGGAGAAAUCACCUCUGUCGGGAGCACCCUCCAAAUCAAACUUGCAAAUGAGACUCUAGCAUGAAGAACCCUCAAGUGUCCAGGUUUGUUUCCCUGGCGAUUUAAGCUGUACAGCCAGGCUGAGCUGUUUAAAUCAAGGGCAGCCAUGUCAAGAUGCUUGGGCAGGUCACCUUGAACACUGGCUUAGCUUAGCAAGGAUCUAGACUGCCUCUUAACUUUCUUUUAGCAUGGUAACUGAAUGCUUUCUAAGCAUAAAUAAAAUCAGCAGUUGAUGAAAAAGCUAUGUAUUUGUAAUAGCAUAUUUAGAAGACUAUGCAUCACACAGGAGAGUGUGUAUUCUGGGUAAAAAUUGAAUGGUUAAGGUACAAGAGAGACAAAUUAAACAAUUUGCUAAUUUUC